UUGGCCGCAAUCUUUAAUUUCAUCUCCCUACACACAGCUACACUAAAUUGGUGACCCCGACGUGAUCUCGACCGGCGUGAUAUUAUAUCGACGUGAGUGUGUAGUAGGGAGAAUAAUAAAUAUUCAAAAUUAAUAUAUAAAUAUAUAUACGGACAACUCAAGAAGAAACUACAGGGCGGUGGCAGCGGUAAAAUUUAAAUAACUUAAUAAAAUUUAAUAACACAUAAAAGUACAUAUAAAAAUUAAAUAUCACCAUGGAACCGGUUAAAGAAGAAUUUGCAAGUUUAUCGUCAGUCUCCAUUACGUCCCGCAUCCCAGAUUUUUGGAAGAAAUCGCCGAAAAUAUGGUUUAUUCAAACGGAGGCAGUUUUAACGCCACAGAAAAUGUCAGAUGAGGCGAAAUAUCAAAUAGUAAUUUCUAAAUUAACGCCAGAAGUCAUCGAGCAAGUCACGGACAUUUUAAUUAGCCCGCCGGAGACAGGAAAAUAUGAAAAAUUAAAAAGAAGAUUAUUACAAAUUUUUGAAGAAUCGGAAGAUCGACAAAUAAAAAAAUUAAUUGGCGAAAUGGAAUUGGGUGAUCAAAAACCGUCACAAUUAAUGAGGAAAAUGCAAGAUUUGGCGCGUGGACGAGUAACAACAGAAACACUUCUAGUUUUAUGGCAAAAUUUAUUACCGCCGGCAAUAAGAGCUGUGUUAGCCGUAUCCGAGAGUAAAAGUGAAGAUAUUUUGGCAUCAAUAGCAGAUAAAGUUAUGGAGAGCAUGACACCUUUAAACUCGGUAUCAGUAGUUCAACAGUCCAGUUUAAGCAACAGUCCAGAAAAUAAUUUGAUUGGUGAGAUAGAAAAAUUAAAUAAUCGACUGAGAAGAUUGGAAACAAGAAAUAAUACAUCAAAUUUUAGAACGAGGUCACGAUCCAGGUCAAGAGGUAGAUUUCAACGUAAUCAAAGGCAUAAUCCCAAUUGGCUUUGUAAAUACCAUUACAAAUUUAAAAACAAAGCGACGAAAUGUGUGAAACCGUGCAACUGGAAACCUAGUCAGCGUGAGAAACCAGCGGAAAACUAGCAUCGGUGCAGCCAGCGACGGGUGCCUGCGACCGAGUCUACAGAAAUAACCGUCUCAGUGUUUUGGACAGAAAUUCAGGA